AUGGGUGCCACUUUGAGUGAGAGUGAGAGUGAGCAUGAUGAUGAGGGUGAUGAUGAGAAUGUUUUAGCCUUCAUUGUGAAUCAAGAAGAUGGUAAGAGUGAAGUUUCAGACGACAUUGAAGAUACCUAUGCUGAGCAACAAGAAGCAUAUGAUAAGAUGUGUGACCAAUGGCUAAAGGCUGUGAAAAAGUUGCAAUCUCUUGGUAAUAAAUCUCUAUUGACUGGACUUGAAUCGGUUGAUAGUGGACAUAUCACUUAUGGAAAUGGGAAGAAAGGUAAAAUUCUUGGCAAAGGAUCAAUUGUUUUACUUGAUUUUCCUGUUUUGAAUGAUGUCUUACUUGUUGAUGAUUUCACUAACUUGUGGCAUGAGAAGCUUGAUCACAUGAACUUCAAGGACUUGGUAAGACUCUCAAAGAAGGAAGUGGUUAAAGAACUACCGAAGCUUGAACUUCCAAAAGGUGAUGUGUGUGGUCCAUGCCACCAAGGACAUAUUUAUUCCUCUGUGCCCACACAAGAUAGUGUGAACACUGUUGAAUCUCCUGAACCUAAACUUUCGGCAAAUGUGUUGUCACCUGCUCUUGGUGCUAUAGCAACAGGAUCUGCUCCAUGCAAAGAAUCAUCUACUAAUUCAUCAUUGCAAAAUGAAAAGAUAAAGAACAAAGCUAGCCUUGUAGCUCAAGGAUAUACACAAGUUGAAGGAAUCAACUUUGAUGAAACCUUCACCGUUGUUGCUCAACUUGAAUCAAUCCAGUUGCUAAUGUUUGUUGCCUGCUACCUCAAGAUCAAAUUAUUCCAAAUGGAUGUCAAAAGCACCUUCUUGAAUGGAAUGCUCACUAGAGAAGUAUAUGUUGAACAAUCGACUGACUUUCAAGAUCCCCACAAACCUGAUCAUGUAUUCAGAUUGAAGAAAGCUCUCUAUGGUUCAAAACAAGCCUCACGGGCUUGGUAUGAAAGGUUGACAACUUUUCUUCUCGAGCAUAACUAUGAAUGA